CUUGUACGUAUACGUAUACAUGCAUCAUAUACCACAUACAUCGUCAAUUCAUCAAUCACGGUGUACACAUCAUCGGUCUCAUCUCCUCUGCAUCCGAUACAAGCCCAAACAAUAGCCAUGGACGACGAUACCCUGUACGAAGACGCACCCGAAUCAUCCCGCGGAGGAUCUUCCCGCCGAGGAAGAGGUAGCAGGGGCGGACGAGGAGGAAGGGGUAGAGGAACCUCAACCGGUACUCAGUUCAAAGGAGGAAGGACUACUGAUGCUGCAGCACUCCUCCAAGCCAUGGAGAAUCCUCAGACUAGCCGUAAGAGAAGCCGAAAGGAUCAAGAGGACGACGGCGGCGAGGACGACGACGAGGAUGGUGGCCAGCCGGCAAAGAAAGUUCGAGAGGGAGACGAAAGCGACGAGGAGGAUCCUGACGCGGGACUUACUGCCAAGGAGAAGAAAGAAAAGGCUGCCGAGAAGAAGAAACAGCAGAAGUUGGCGAAAAAGGCACUUGAGGUACCGUUCAUCCUCCCCGCCGACUCCCCGACCUCGCUUCAUUCGCCAUUUUACCGCCGACAAUUUCGAGGCUAACUUGAAUACAAUAGAAGGACAAGGACCCCGUAUCCCUUGACAUCCGCAUGUCGGAUGCCGCUCGGAUCUUGUGGGGGUGUGCGGACGACGAGCUCAAAGCGCCCUGGACCGCGAAGACGAAGGAUAACUUGAUGUUUGGUCUGAGGUAUGCGAAAGAGGAGAGGGGGUUGGUGCUGUGGGAGAAGCAAC